AAUAGCUUUGUCAUGUGACUGGGAACAGUAGUAAGACAGGUGCCUUCAGUUCACUCUCAGUAAGGGUCUAGUUGCCUGCAUGAGUGUAUGCUCUGUGUGCGAUUGUGGACUGUAGUUUAAAAGCUUUACUGCUGUCAUUCAGAAGCUGGAUGGCGUGGGACAUGUGCAACCAGGACUCUGUAUGGAGUGAUAUAGAGUGUGCUGCUCUGGUUGGUGAAGACCAGCCUCUUUGCCCAGAUCUCCCAGAACUUGACCUCUCCGAACUAGAUGUGAAUGAUUUGGAUGCAGACAGCUUUCUGGGUGGACUCAAGUGGUACAGCGACCAAUCAGAAGUUAUUUCCAAUCAGUACAACAAUGAAUCAUCAAAUAUAUUUGAGAAGAUAGAUGAAGAGAAUGAGGCAAACUUGCUGGCAGUUCUCACAGAGACACUGGACAGUAUCCCUGUGGAUGAGGAUGGAUUGCCUUCAUUUGAUGCACUGACAGAUGGAGAAGUGACCAAUGAAAAUGAUACUAGCCCUUCACCAAUGCCUGACGGCACCCCUCCAGCUCAGGAGGCAGAAGAGCCGUCUCUACUUAAGAAGCUCUUGCUGGCUCCAGCCAACACUCAGCUAAAUUACAAUGAAUGCAGUCGCCUCAGCACACAAAACCAUGCAAACACUAAUCACAGGAUCAGAACAAGCCCUGUGGUUGUUAAGACCGAGAAUUCAUGGAGCAAUAAAUCAAAGAGCAUUUGUCAACAGCAGAAGCCACAAAGACGUCCCUGCUCUGAGCUUCUCAAGUAUCUGACUACAAAUGAUGACCCUCCUCAGACCAAACUGACAGAGAACAGGAACAGCAGCAAAGACAAAUGCAACUCCAAAAAGAAGCCCCAACUGCACUCUCAGGCACAUCAUUUGCAAGCCAAACCAACAAGUUUAUCACUUCCUUUGACACCUGAGUCACCAAACAACUCCAUUUCAGCUUGUUUUUAUAAAUGUGCCCUGUCUUCCAGUGAUCCCAAGGGUUCCCCAUUUGAGAACAAGACUAUUGAACAAACCUUAAGUGUGGAACUCUCUGGAACUGCAGGCCUAACUCCACCUACGACCCCUCCUCACAAAGCCAACCAAGAUAAUCCUUUUAGGACUUCACCUAAGCCGAAGUCAUCAUGCAAGACUAUUGUACCACCUCCAAAAAAGCCUCGCUAUAGUGAGUCUUCCAGUUCUCAAGGAAAUAACCCAAUCAAGAAGGGUGCAGAACAGUCUGAGCUGUAUGCACAGCUCAGCAAGACAACAGUACUGUCCAGUGGACAUGAGGAGAGAAAGACAAAACGGCCUAGUUUGCGGCUGUUUGGUGACCACGACUAUUGUCAGUCUGUGAAUUCAAAAUCAGAAAUACAUAUUAAAAUAUCCCAGGAACUUCAGGAGUCCAGACAACUAGAAUUUAAGGAUUCUUCACCUGCAUGGCAGUGUCAGAUUUGUUCUUCUUUAGAACAAGACCAGUAUUACAAGAAAGAGACUUUACAGACAAAUAAGCAGGGUUCCCACUGCAAUAAUAGAAAGCAGCUCCAAGACCAGGAAAUCCGGGCUGAACUGAAUAAGCACUUUGGUCACCCCAGCCAAGCUGUUUUUGAAGAAGAGGCAGAUAAGACCAGUGAACUGAGGGACAGUGAUUAUAGUAAUGAACAGUUCUCCAAACUACCUAUGUUUAUAAAUUCAGGACUAGCAAUGGAUGGUCUCUUUGAUGAUAGUGAAGAUGAAAGUGAUAAACUAUGCUACCCUUGGGAUGGGACACAAGCCUAUUCUUUGUUUGAUGUAUCGCCUUCUUGCUCUUCUUUUAACUCUCCAUGCAGAGAUUCAGUGUCUCCAUCCAAAUCUUUAUUUUCUCAAAGAUCCCAAAGGAUACGCUCUAGAUCAAGGUCCUUUCCUCAACGCAGGUCUUGUUCCCGUUCUCCAUAUUCCCGAUCGAGAUCAAGAUCGCCAUGUAGCAGAUCCUCUUCAAGAUCUUGUUACUAUUAUGAGUCCAGCCACUGUAGACACCGAGCAUACAAAAGUUCUCCCUUACAUGCAAGGUCACGAUCCAGAUCACCCGGUAAUCGUAGACCCAGAUAUGACAGCUAUGAGGAAUAUCAGCAUGAAAGGCUGAAGAGGGAAGAAUACCGCAAAGAGUAUGAAAAACGGGAAUCGGAAAGGGCCAAACAAAGGGAGAGGCAGAGGCAGAAAGCUAUUGAAGAACGUCGUGUGAUAUAUGUGGGUAAAAUCAGACCUGACACAACUCGAACAGAACUGAGGGACCGCUUUGAAGUUUUUGGUGAAAUUGAGGAGUGCACAGUAAAUCUACGGGAUGAUGGAGACAGCUAUGGUUUCAUCACCUACCGCUAUACUUGUGAUGCUUUUGCUGCUCUUGAAAAUGGAUACACUUUACGCAGGUCAAAUGAACCUGACUUUGAGCUGUACUUUUGUGGACGCAAGCAAUUUUGCAAGUGUAACUAUGCAGACCUAGAUUCAAACUCAGAUGAUUUUGAUCCUGCUUCCACUAAAAGCAAGUAUGACUCCAUGGAUUUUGAUAGUUUACUGAAGGAGGCACAGCGAAGCCUGCGUAGGUAACAUGCAUCACAUCCAAGGAUAAUGGAGGGAUGACGAAUACCUCACGGACAUCAUGUCCUUCAAUAACGGACAAUUAAAAAGUCAUAAUUAGGAAUUUCUCCUACUUUACACUCUCUUUACAAAAACAUGGUUUACAUGAACACAGCUGCUCGAAGAAUGAAGAGGCAAAAUGGAUAUCCAGUAAGCACAUGUGUAUCCAUGGGUGUCAGUUUUGCUUUCUGGGGUGUUUGGUGGCAAGGGAUUCUGGUGUUCAUAGAGAGUACAAGUGUAAACCACUUGCAAUGGCAGCAGUUCCAUAGAGAUACGCUUAAAUAUAUAACUUCAAAAUGUGUAUAUAUUGCCUUUUAACAAGACAAAAACAAAAAAAGCAAAUUGUGAACUACAACUGCUGAUGUCUGGGAAUCAGGCACUGCAUUCUUUUUCUUCUUUCUUUUUUUUUCUUUACUUCUUUUUCUUUUUU